GGUACAAUUGUGGUUUGUGAUGUUUUUUUAAGUUAAUAUUGAAUCAAAUAAUGAAUUAUAUUUGAGCAGUUUAUAAGAAAAUAGGAUAUUAAGUAAAGUUAAACUGAGUUCCGCAUGAUUGUGUUAAAGAAACGUAAAUAUUUUCAUCAAAGUGACACAGAAAGAUGGUGAAAAUGGAUGCUUCUAAAAUGACCAGUAAAACAAGCUCUCUUAAGGCUUUAAUUUUAAAAGCUUGGCGUGAACGGUGGACUGAUAUCCAAUGGGGCAUAAAUAUCAAAACUAUUCUUCCAAGAGGUGUCAGUGGAGACUUGUAUAACCUAGCUGAUUGUAUUCUUCAACAAGCUAUGGUGGGUUGUGGUGCUAACCAAUUGGUCAUAUCAUAUCUUAAACAUUCCUUGGCAUCACAUUUAGUUUCAUAUGCUGCUGUACUGCAAAGAAUAGCCAAAUUCGAUGCCUUUCAUAAACCUCACUGCAUUUUAAGUCUCUUAGAAUUUCUCGAGGGUUUUCUUGACAGUAUUACAUGUCGUAGCAAAAUGGAAGAAGAAAUACUGGCUUUUGCUGUAUCAUCUAUCAUCUUAUGGUUACUCCAAGUAUAUCAUUAUUCAUUAAGUAAAUAUCCAUCAUCAAAUCCAAUACAAAGCCAAGAACUUUUGGAAAAAUCUACAACACUCCUUAAUUCAAUUGUUCAUUCGGACUUUCUAUUGUCUAUGUUUUAUCUAGCUAAGCAAAAUGAUCCAGAUGAGUUUAAUGAAGUUACAAAGAAAUGUCAGGAGAUUACAGCUUUCAUGAUGAUGAAUACUCAAUUUAAAGCACCAGUUACGAUACAUGACACUUUGCAAAAGAUAUGUAAUAUGGAUAUUGAUAAGAUAGCUCCACUAAAUAUUAAACCAGAGACGGUCACACAUUGUCUGCAAGCUUUAAUAGCCGUCAACGUUUUGGCAAACCCCAGUGCAGAUAUGCAGCAAUUAGCUAGCCAGCUAAUGAUGAUACAAAGAAUUAAGAGUUAUCCCUUAUCAAGACUGUAUUGUGAAUUAAUCAGAGCAUGUUUCAUUUCCUUAAAUGAUGCCAGUAAAGAUGCAUCUAAACAGGCUCUGUGGGCUGCAUUCACAUUUCUAAAAUUGCCUCAAGUUAUUAACUAUCUUCAUAAUACUUGUGGUACUACUAAUAAAGAUGGUGAUUAUUCUGUAGAGGUAGUGGAAGCUUUUGAAAAACUGCUACAAGGCACUCCACUUCUUGAUGUUGUUGAUGCUAAGAAUUCUUGCAAUAGUGUUGUGUCUUUAUUGGAGCCCUUAGUUAAACUUAACGUAAUAUCAGAGACUCAACUUGCAUAUUUCAACCAAAAAAGAGAAAGUAAGGAUAUUAAACUUCAAAAAUUAGAGCCAACAGGUCUUCAAGGGUCUGUGCUGUCAUUUAUAACCCGUGCAGAACCAACAUUAGCUGGAAUGCUCAAAACUAUGGGAGGAGAUUUCCAUAAAACUCAAGAUUCUUUAUAUGUAAUGCUAUGUCAAAUUGUAGGGGGUACUACUUUAGACACUAUUCUACCUGUUGCCACAGUAGAGGGAAAACUGAAAUUAUUUGUGUCGAGAUUAAUCAAGUUUAAUGAAUUUGCUCUUCUAACAGCUAGUGAGAAAGGAGCAUCUCAGUCAAAAGUCUACAUCUUUGAUCUUUCAUUUUUAAUUCUUUGCUCUAUCGUCCAAGAUUAUGGAGUUGAUGCUGUUCUUGAAGAAAAUGGAGAUUCCUUUUUUGAACAGUGGGUUAGAGACUGUAUGGUACACAAAGGCGUUCAUAAAUCACCAGAGCAAAUAUUACAAAAAUGUGACUUACAACUUGUGGACAUAUUUAUCCAUCAUCUCAGUGCACCAGAUUUUGACUUCAAGAAUACAAACCUUAAACCUCAUGAUUUAUGUACUAAUGUAUGUGGAGUUAUAAAAGAGAUUUUAUUUGCAUGGGAACAAGGAUCAAUUUCAUCUGCUGAUGUCAAGCGUAUGUUAGAUUCCUUAAGACAAAAAAUGGCCUCAUUAGCUGUAUGUGCUUCAGUGUGGCUCUGUUCGUAUAUUAAUGUUGUACAUCAAGAUGCAUACAUAAAACCUUUAAAUAUGGUCCAGAUGUUUCUAUCACCACCAAGUGAAGUUGAAUUGGCCCAAAUUGAUAAUUUUAAAGAGAGAGCCAUAUUGAUGUGUCAGUUAGUACGAAAGAUGCAGUAUGACAUCCAUCCACCUCUGGUUCCAAAAUCUAAAGUUGUGCCGUUUACUCAUUGUAUUGUGUCUAAGCAACCAAUCUUGGAACAGCUUCAAUCUGUAUGGGAAGAUAUUAAAACCAGAGGAUACUUACACAUUGAUGCCACUCAAAUUGUUGAGAGUCUUCUGAAUACUGCUGGCCCAGUAUGGUUUGUAACAAAUUUAAUUAAAGAAAUGUUGAAAUUUCGAUAUCAGGAUGAUUUAGACAGAUCAGUGGACAUAAUUUUAGCAAUGUUUCACUUAGAUAUUGAAAAAUGCACAGAAGCUUUAUUACUACAUGUUUUACCUCAGUAUCUGUAUAAUGCUAAGCUAUGUGAUGAGUUGGUUGAACCACAAUCAGCAAUUUUGGCUAAACUUUGUGUUUACAGUAUUUAUGCAUCCCUCGAACAUAGCAUAUCAAAUAGAGUCAACAUAUCUAGGAAACGUCGACACGAUGAUUCAGAAGAUUUAGAUACAAUGGCCACUUCGAGUAAAGUUAGGAGAAUGAAUGACAAUACAUCAGAUUCUUUGUAUUAUUCUCAAGGUCAAAGCAUGUCUGGUAUUGUAAUAAAGGAACCUCUACAAUCUGCUUUGGAUGUUUUAUACAAAUCAUUUUCUCAACUAGCAGGAAAGAACGGUGAUGUUACACCUCAAACUCAAUUUAUAUUUGAGUUUAUGGUAUAUGUUGUUCAAUGUGGUCAGGAAAGAGCUCAAGUGGUACUACAAAAAAUGCCAAGUGAAAUAAUCCCAACACUAAUAAAGGCAUUACCUGAUAACUUCAAUGUAGGAUUAAUUUUACGAUUGUAUGAUUUAUCUACAUCAUAUGGAAGAAAAGAUACUGCAAGGGACCUUUGUUUAUUAAGAAAUAUGAGGCUCAGACCUGAAUAAUGUGUAAUUAAUUUUUGGGUGAUGUUUGUUGGAUAUAUUGAAAGUAAUUUAGUACAUAAGGUUAAAUAAAACAAUGU